GUUUUAAAUGUAUAUAAAUGAAAUGAAGUUGAUGGAAUUGCAAAUUUAUGAAAGAAAAAAUACAUUUUCAAGUACAUGUAUUUCAAAGUAAUGUAAAUGUACAGCAGGAGAUAAUGUAUUUGAAAAAAUGAUAACUAUUCUCUAACUGGUCUUAAUAUUUAAAAGUAUUCAAUUAUGAAGUGAAUGAGGAUAUAUGAAGAAAAAGAAAAGAAAAAAGUAAUAUUGAAUUACAAAGAACAUUUUUGUUGCAAUGUCCAUUCAAUUGAAGUGUAACAAUGUACAUAUAUGUGUAAUUAAUGUGAAAUUUGCUAUUGAAAUAUGUAAAUAAAUGUAAUGAGAUUGGGUGUCAGUGUUAAAAGUUGUUAAAUUGAUCUGAAAUUCAAAAAGAAUUGAAUUCUGGAAUUUUAUCCGAUAUAUGUAACUAAUUUGUUUGGAAAAAAAAGUUGUGAUUGAAAAGAAUGAAAGUGAAAUUACAAACUAUUAAUUAAGACCAUAAUUGGAAUUGUAUAUAAAACUUUUAAGUUUAGUGGUUUAAACAGAAUGUAUAUUCCUUUAUUACUACUUACUGUAUUUAAAAAUUGACCAUGAAAAAAUUGUAAUGUGCAUUGUGUAGAAGAUACAAUACAGAAAUGUUCAAAUUGAA